AUGUCAGGAUCUGAAGCUGGAUUAAUGGCGGCGACAAGAGAUUCAAUGCCAUUUACAAUGGGUCUCCACCAAACGCCGCCGCAAUCGCAGCCGCAAGCUCAGAACAUGCAAUUGGCUUUCGGCUCCGACGGAACCGCUCUCUACAAGCUGACUCGUUCGCCGUCACCACCGCCGCAGUACCAGCCCAACUCUGCCGGUAAUGGGUCGGCGGCGAAUCCUCCCCUGAACAUGAACAUACCCGUAACCAUGACCGGAAGUGAUCCUGUUAAGAGGAGGAGAGGUAGACCGAGGAAAUACGUACCGGAAAACGACGGAAUGGUUACGGGUCUGGGUUUGGUUCCCGGAGCUCCUUCUUUCACGGUCAGCCAACCUAGUGGCAGCAGCGGCGGAGGAGGAGAGAAGAAGAUGAGAGGAAGACCUCCUGGUUCUGGUUCUAGCAGAAAGCACAAGCUUCAAGCUUUAGGCUCAACGGGAAUCGGAUUUACGCCUCAUGUACUUACCGUGAGGACUGGAGAGGAUGUAUCAUCAAAGAUAAUGGGGUUUUCUCAGAACGGACCACGUGCUGUGUGUGUCUUGUCUGCAAAUGGAGCAAUUUCCAAUGUGACUCUUCGUCAGCCCACCACAUCCGGUGGAACCGUUACAUAUGAGGGGAGAUUUGAGAUUCUGUCNUUAUCGGGCUCGUUUCUUCUAAUGGAGAAUAAUGGUCACAGAAGCAGGACUGGAGGUCUAAGUGUGUCCUUAUCAGCUCCGGAUGGUAAUGUCCUAGGUGGCUGUGUAGCUGGUCUUCUUAUAGCAGCAUCACCUGUUCAGAUUGUUGUUGGGAGUUUCAUACCAGAGGGACAAAAAGAACCGAGACAUGUGGGCCACAUGGAACUAUCCUCGCCCACAAUACCUCGUGUGGCCCCAACUCAAGUGCUGAUGGCUCCGAGUAGCCCACAAUCUCGAGGCACAAUGAGUGAGUCAUCUUGUGGAGGAGGACAUGGAAGCCCUCUUCACCAGAGCACAGGAGGACCUUACAAUAACACCAACCUUUCCAUGCCCUGGAAGUAA